AUGAAAAAUUAUUUUUUAUCUGUGCUAUUGUGCUUUGACCAAAGUCAAUGGCCUGGGGAUAAGUGCAAUGGAGGUGGCCUAAGACAGUCACCGAUCGACAUCAAAAGGUCGGAUGUGAUUAAGGAUUUCUCCCAACAGUUUAUCCAGUACGGGGACCUGAUGCUUGCCGGUUACCAGGAGGUCUUACUCACAGCAACUAACAACGGUUACACGAUAAUGUUCAGCACGGUGGGCGAAAAGGAAAUACACCCCACUGUCACUGGAGGGCCCCUGAGACACGAGUACCGACUCGAGCAGGUGCACUUUCACUGGCUCUCAGAGCACGCCAUCGACGGAGUUAAGUUUCCUCUUGAAAUUCACUUUGUUCAUGUGCGAUCUGACCUUAAUGUGAAACAAGCACUAAAGAAGAGGGAUGGACUUGCUAUUUUUGCAGUUUUUUGUAAGAUUCUUGAUCAAGAAGAUCAAAUUGAAACAGCUUUCGAUGAACUCACAUUCCUCCUUUCAAAGUUGAAGAGGGUUGGAAGCCAAGUCAGCGAUGCGUUGUUAAAUUUAACUAAACUUGUCAGCCCGAACACAGACUUGUAUUACACGUAUGCCGGCUCUCUCACGUCCCCGCAGUGCAACGAGGUCGUCACCUGGAUCAUUUUCCCUGAAACCAUAUACAUAACAGAAGCACAGUACAACCUAUUUGAGAAAGUGCGCGGUCGUCGCUAUAACUUCAGAAGCCUGCAGGAGGUGAACAACCAUCUUGUGUUCCAGCCACCUGUCGGCUUUUUCAAGACACCACAAAUUGUGACCUCAUUGAAGAAUGCGGUUUUGACAGUGGCGAAGAUCAUCCAAAAUGUAACCAGAUUCAUGAUGAACGGAAUGAAGACGCCUUAA